AUGAUUGGUGAAUCAUGUUUUUCUGGAUGCAAUAAGUUGAAAUUCAUUUAUAUUCCGAAUUCUGUUUCUGCUCUGUAUCCGUUUGCUUUUAGAUCAUGUCCAAUUGAAGUUAUUUCAAUUCCAGCUGGAUGUAUUGUAUACAGCAAAGCUUUCGAUGGCUGUACAAAUCUAAAAAGUGUUGAGAUAUUUGAUAACGCAAUAGUGAGGUCUAAUGCUUUCUCUCGUUGUACAAACAUAAGCAAGAUUGUAGUGUAUGAAUACGUAGCACUCUACGAAAACUCAUUUGAAGAUAUUGAUUCUGAUGUUUUCUACUUCGGCAUAACUGAUUUCUGCUAUCCAAGCACUGAGACGGAGUUACACAGAAUCAAUGGUACUCAUAUUUUCGUAAGGAAUGAGUAUGUGUCAGAUAAAUAUGGCAAAACAAAGGCUGUAAAGUGUUCUUCUAGUACAGUGUCAUCCAAUAAGUGUUUGUGUACUCCAUAUUAUGAUAAUAUGCAGAGAAUUGCCUUAAGAACUCAAAGAAGACGCUAG